UCAUUGUUGCCAGCAUAAAACCCUCGCCACCCUUGCCCUUGUGAUACCCCAUUUGCUUUGCGACUUGAGAGCGGCUGCCGGCGCCGACGUAGGAGCUCAAUCGCAUUCGAGCAUCUCCUCCGAGUUGCAAGAUGUAUACCGCAUUGCAAAAGAUUCACAAAGACAAGGACUCCGAGCCCACAGAGUUUGAGGAGAAUGUGGCUCAGGCUUUGUUUGAUUUGGAAAAUACGAAUCAAGAGAUUAAGAGUGAUUUGAAAGACCUCUACAUCAAUUCUGCUGUGCAAAUUGAUAUCCCUGGAGGCAAGAAAGCUGUUGUGAUCCAUGUGCCCUAUAGAUUGAGGAAAUCCUUCCGUAAGAUCCACCCCAGGCUGGUGAGAGAACUAGAGAAAAAGUUCAGUGGAAAGGAAGUAGUUCUCAUUGCAACCAGGAGAAUCCUGCGCCCACCAAAGAAGGGCUCCGCUGCUCAAAGGCCGCGCACCCGUACACUGACUGCUGUGCAUGAAGCUACACUGGAGGACAUUGUCUAUCCUGCUGAGAUUGUUGGCAAGCGUGUCAGAUACAGACUCGAUGGAUCAAAGAUUAUGAAGGUUUUCUUGGACCCGAAGGCAAAGAAUGACACUGAGAACAAGCUGGAGACGUUCUCUGGUGUCUACAGGAAGCUCUGUGGGAAAGACGUCGUCUUUGAAUUUCCCCUGACCGAGUGAAGAACAGGUCACCUGUCUUAUUUAAGAAAUUAUACAUUUGUUAUUUGUCGUUGGAAGUUUUGAGAAGAUUUUGGUUUUAAUUUUGAUGCAUGCAAGGGUUGCUCCUUUUUUCCAGAAAUGCUGAUACUCCGUUGAUUAGUUAACUUAUCUUUAUAUAUUAGUCUGGAUUGUUGCUA